AGGGGUGAAAAAUUGUGUAUUCACAGUAAGACUAAAAAUAUAAGAGAACUUGUAUUACAGUAAUUUUUUCAGACACCAGAAUGCACUUUUCUUCAUGCCAACAAACUCAGCAUUGUCAUUGCACGUUCAGGUCAUGUCAUUUCACGAGCGAAAAUAACCGAAAUUGUAGAACUGUGCCAUCGUCGUGUGCAGGUAACAGAGCAAUGCCUGAUUCUCAAAGUUUAUCCGGUGCCGCUGUUCAGAGGAUGCUGCCCUUUUCAACGGAGUCGUGCGACAUGGUUGCAAGCGCACUUCGAAAUUCGUGUCAAUCCAUUUCAUGUCAACUUCAAAAAGUUCACCUGUGGCGGCAGCUGAAGGAGAAGUCUGUGCCAUGCCAACGGGUUUGUGAACACAACGGCAGAUUUCACCCGUCAGUAAGCAACCACAAAGCAGAAAAAAAUAUUGGUGACAUUCACAUUUCAGAAACAACGAGUGAUACUUCUGCCCUGAACUGUCCUUGUUCGUGUAAACGAAGUAUUUUUUCCAAUAAUAUUUCUUUUGAAAACGAAUUUAAACCACCAGCGCAUUGCGCUCAACAACUUUUUAGCCAAAUUUCAAAUAAAGUCGAAUGCUGCUCGGUAGUGAAUGAUCAAGAGGCGCAUUGUCUUUCGGUUGUAAAUGCCUCGCACGAGAACUCUUCUCCUCAAACAAGCCGACCGUUUCAGCAAGCUAAUAAUUGUUUUCCGUGCAUCGGAAGAAACCUGCCUCGGAAAGGACUUAAAUUAUUUGAAUAUCAGGUUGCUAUAUGUGGCUGGUAUUACGGCAAGCUCUCGUGGCAAGAAGCUGAGGUGAAACUGAGAGAUUCAGAAGUUGGGACCUUCCUCUUGAGAGAUUCCUCUGAUCCACGAUACAGAUUUUCUAUGAGCGUUCAAACUCAUCGGGGACCCACUAGCGUCAGAAUAAUCGGCAACUCUACCGAAUUUUGUCUUGAUAGUGAUCCAGGAAGUCAUUCCUUGGCAUUUCAGUCGGUGCACGACCUGAUCCAACAUUACGUCAGACUCUCACGGCCAGCGCGCCGAGCGCCCGUCAACCCCUACACUCGGUCGGCGGUGCUCACCGGCGGCCACGUCUGGAUGGACUCGACAGGCUCGGUGGUGGCCUCCAUACAGCUAUCAAAACCCUUGAUGCACACCGUACUGUCACUUAAACACCUGGCCAGGCUAGCGGUCAACAAGCACGAAGAGGAGAUAGAGUUCGAUAGUCUCCCUGUCGCUUUGCAACAUUACCUGCACGAGUACCCAUAUUGCUGUUGAUGGAUUGAUAACAAUUUUCUCGAGAUAGGAUGUAUUUUUUUAACCGUUCAUUGUUUGGUAACUUCUCCUUGCAAUUAGUCGAUGUAAUGGUUUAUCAUAUUUUAAAUCUAAUGACAAUUACGUGCCUUACUUAGUUCACUCAAUCAAAAGUUUAUUUCACAUAAAAUGAAUUUGCAAAAUCCUCCAUCAAUAUUUUCGGUUAAAUAUUCCUUAUUUUGUCUAGAAUUUUCGCAAAUAAGUGUUUUUAAUAUCCACAUUCUGAUUCCAACUGACGCCAAACUUGUAUUUCAAUGUAUAUAUUUUUUCUCUGGAAAGUUAAGAUAUGCUCCUAUGGUUGACAUCUUGCGGUCACAUAUUUCAAGUGGUACAGAAAUAGAACAGAAAUUUUCUUUCGUUUGAAGUACGAUAUUUCAUCUCUUUUCUGUAGAUAUAGGAAAGACUUUGUGAGAGGGCAGUUUACUAUCAAAUGGGUACUAUUUAUAAAUACUUGGAAAAUCUACCGCAGUUUAUUCGCUUCAUAAUUUCGUCCGUAAUUAAAAAAUAUAAAAAAAAAUAAUUUUAUGAAACGAUUUAUUGAGUCAAUUCUGUUCAGCAUUUUGGGCCAUAAACUGUUCAUAAUUAAUGAUGGAACUACUUAUAUUAAACAGAGUAUUUGUUAAUACCGAAUAAUUUUUUAAAUUCGGCAAAACAGUUUUCAUUUCUCUUUAGGCAAGUUUAAUGAAGUUAUAGUUUUUGUCUUGGGUAAUUAAUUUUAGUGUUUAGAUUAGAAGAUACGGAACCAGGCGCUAGAUUUCCCAACGAAUUCUGAAAUUUCGCAAAAAUGUUAACCUCGUUUGUAGAUUUAUUCGUUUUUUUACGCAUAAAAUAAUUAUGAUAUGGAUAUCUUAGAUGUAAUAUUUUUAGUUAUGCUUUAUGUUAUAAUGCCAAUCCUUAAUGAUUUGUUCUUUUCCCUUGACAAACAUCACGGAUAAGCUGGAAUGUAAAAAAGCAACAUCAAAAUUUAAUAUUAUGUGCUCUAAAGACUGGGAAAAAAUCUAGAGAAGAAUUGAAAGAUUUAAAUAUUAAAUGCAUGUAGUAAAUAUUAAUACCUGUUUAUGUGUUUGAUGUUCAUGUGUAUUCGGCUCGAAGAAAUAAUUCAUCAUUUGCGAAAAAAUUGUCUUGUCCCACAGCUGUUGUUCUUCUCACUUGAAGUAUUGCGUACAUAACGACUUUGAAUUAGAAGAUUUUUACAUUUGAAUCAUUUUAGAUUUGGCUCCUUGAUGCAGAAGAGUUUUAGUUUAUAAGGCUAUAUGGAAGCUUAAAGCGGCUACGAUUAUUUCAAUUCAGCAAAAUGUGUUUAUUCAUGAAAAAUGGUUUCAGCAGAUAGUUUUGAUUGAAUCGUUUUAUUUACAACAAUGUAAAUGGAAGAAUA